CCGUUUCCAUAUUGUGCUUCGUGUUCCGUCCCGAUCGGAGGACGUGCUCGCGAUCGCCCCUCGACGGCCUGUCCGCUUCUCUCCUUCGAUCCCGGUCAAGAACUCGGAUCGGAGAGGGAAGAUAGAAGCGGAGCAGCCGCCGCCAAGAAACCUUCUUCGCUCUUCUCGUACGUCCUCUCCUCAUCUGAUCGAGCGGACCGGUUUUGUAUCAGGUGCAUUUGGUUAUAGACAAGAUCGAUGGCUUUGAGAGAGGGGUUCUUCCUUCUUCUUGUACUUGUUAUGAGCUGGGCAAGUGCUGAUGCCAGAAGUUUGGACAAUUUUGAUAUUAUGGUUCCCAUCACAGAAGCAGGCAUCGAGAGACCUCAAAGCCAAAAUAAAGUCGCCAAAGUAGUCGAGGGCUAUGAUCAACUGUGCAAGUUGUGUGAGAACUUUACUGCACAGGCUACCCAAUAUCUUGGAGAAAACAAGACUCAAACUGAGAUAAUUGAGACACUUCAUCAAGCAUGUUCCGAGCUGAAGCCUUUCAAGGAUCAGUGCAUUCUGUUGGUCGACUACUAUGCCUCACUUUUCUUUGUUGAGAUCUCUAAGAUACAUCCGGAGGAGUUCUGCACAAAGUUCAGUCUUUGUCAGGAGAGAUUAUCUGUCAAGAGUGAUGAUGCCUGCUCUCUGUGUCAUGGUGUUGUUGCUAAACUACUUAUGAAACUGCAAGAUCCUGACACACAGUUCGAGGUGAUUAAAAUGCUACUUCAGGAAUGCAACAAGGUGGAGAAUUAUGUCCAAGAGUGUAAGAAGAUGGUCCUCCACUAUGGCCCUCUGAUACUGGUCGACGGCGAAAGAUUCCUUGAGAGCACAAAUGUUUGUGCUGCCAUGCACGCAUGCAAGACCAGCCAAGCAGAACUCGUCAGCACUGCCUUGGUGGCAUAAACAUCCUUGUAGCAUGAUACUGCACACAACGUAGCCACAUGGAGAAAAUGUGAAAUGAUAAAUCAUGAAGAUGCAUGGACUCAGCUAACCGAUUAUCAAAGAUAAUUGUCUGUCUAUUCAGUUGUAAGCUGUAUGUUUGGGAUGCAACCUUCAGUUUUCUAUUUCACUAAACUUGUUUUUGUCUAUCUCUUCUAGUUGUGACCUGGGUUUGCAUCCAUCUCACUAGGCUUGAUUGUUCAUCUAUUGAAGAUACAGAUCCAAGGUAUUGAGAAGCACAACAAAUGUGGUUGUUUCAAGCUAUACUCCUUGGCUACAUUAGAAGGCCACUUAUUAUACGGAGAAAGGUAUGAGUCUUUCUCCAUGUUAGACAAAAACAGAUUUCCAACCAUAUUGACAGGUAUAAAUGUGUCCUAAAUUUCCAUUUAGCUAAUCUAACCCAUGCAAAUUCAUGGACUUGUAAAUGAUAGCAUAUUCAUUGCAUAUUUUUACCCUCUCAUAAAUUAUUAUUAUUAUUAAAACAUAUAUAUAAUAUAUUUUUAAUCUGACAUUGUGUCUGACAAAGUCAGUCUGAGAGCAUUACUUCAAUAAUUAUUUUUACUGGUUUUCAUCUGUAUCUUCUAUUAAAUAUAUCAACACAGUCUUCCUAUGUGACUUAUUUUGACCGUCAAUUCCCACCUCCUCCGGCUCGGGUCGGAUCCGACCCGAUUAGAGUUGGGCAUGGAAUUCGGCUCCACCAUCCCAUGAUAUCAUGUUCCCAUCGAUCCAUAAACGGAUCGGGUACGCGUGGAUCCGAUCAGCCGAUAGAAAUCCGAUCAGGCAACGAACAGCCCGACCUCUUUAGGUCGAGCCGCCGCUCCCCGCCUGUUCUCGCGAACCGAAGCCGAAGGAAUCGUAGUAUGUCGUCGUCUUCUUCGAGUCGAAGGGCUUCGCUUCCGCGGCGGGGCGUCGCCGACGGCGCCAGCGAGGGCGUCCUGGCCCGCGUGUCAAGCUCGAUCUCGCAGUCCUGGAUCGUCGCCCGGGGGAAGGCGGCCGCCGCCGAGACCGGCACCGUGGCGAAGAAGCUCCUCCGGAGCACCGGCAAGGCCGCCUGGAUCGCCGGCACCACUUUUCUCGUCCUCGUCGUCCCCCUCAUCAUCGAGAUGGACCGCGAGCAGCAGCUCAACGAGCUCGAGAUGCAACAGUCCACCCUCCUCGGCACCCCCACCCCGCCUCAGCCCUACGCCACCGCGGCCCCCGCCAAGUGAACACGACGAUCAGGUCAGCGCGCGAUCUCGCCCCCCUUGAUCUCCGCUGCGGCUCAUAUGCUUCUUCUUGGGGCUUAGGUCAGCGGUCAUCUUCUUGUCUUGGGAAUAAGGAACUAUCAUGUGUCGGUUUGAUGAAUUAGGGUUUUGUUAGGAACUGGUGAAUUACUCUUUCUUUUUGAAUCAAAAUAUUCAUCUUGGUUUCAUGA